GGUCACAUGCUACUAGUCCGGCGAAUGGGAGCCGUAGUCUUCAGCAACAUGUCACUAUACGGGAUACUAGCUAGGAGCUGUGUGACAAGUGCAAUAUUGAAUGAAAUUACCAUGGAACCGGGUCAAAUGGGUUUAUUGUAGCGCGAUGGUUUUUAUUUUAAGCCACUAUGAUAUGGAACACCCUGACCAAUGCAUUAGGAACGGAAGUGAAGAACCAGGCUGUGCCAUGGCGGCGGGUGUGAGUCUGCUGAGUGACCCGCCUCACUCCACCACUGGAGCCAGCAGUGGGGAAUACAGCGCAGACAUGGACAUGGAUGCCCCAGUGAGCAGCAGGGUCCCCACUGCCAAGUACACCAAGGUCGGGGAGACUCUGAGGCACGUCAUCCCCGGCCACAUGCAGUGCUCCAUGGCGUGUGGAGGCAGAGCCUGCAAGUACGAGAACCCGUCCCGGUGGAGCAGCGAGGAGCAAGCUGUCAAGGGCCUGUACUCUUCCUGGAUUACAGACAACUUGCUGGCUAUGGCAAGGCCUUCUACAGAAAUCAUUGAAAAAUACAACAUAAUCGACCAGUUUCAAAGGUGCGGCCUGAGGACAGUAAUUAACCUGCAGCGCCCAGGAGAGCAUGCCAGCUGUGGCAACCCCCUGGAGCAGGAGAGCGGCUUCACAUACCGACCAGAGACCUUCAUGGAGGCAGGCAUUUAUUUUUACAAUUUUGGUUGGAAGGACUACGGCGUGGCUUCUCUCACAACAAUCCUGGACAUGGUGAAGGUGAUGUCAUUUGCAAUCCAGGAAGGAAAGAUGGCCGUACACUGCCAUGCUGGGCUUGGAAGGACAGGUGUGUUACUGGCCUGUUAUUUAGUGUUUACUACAAGGAUGAGUGCUGACCAGGCCAUAUUAUUUGUGCGAGCGAAAAGGCCAAACUCGAUCCAGACCAGAGGGCAGCUGCUGUGUGUGAGGGAGUUUGCACAGUUCCUGGUCCCCCUGCAAAAUGUGUUCUCCUGCAGCGAGCCCAAAGCCAACCCCGUCACCUUGGCGCAGUACCUGACCCGCCAGCGCCACCUGCUGCACGGGUACGAGGCACGGCAGCUGAAAAACGUGCCAAAGAUCGUGCACCUCGUCUGCAAGCUGCUGCUGGACAUAGCGGAGGACCGGCUGGUCGUUGAGGAUGAGAUCCUGGAGAUACCCGACCUCACAGCAGAGGUGGAGAAAACCGUCUCUCAGCAAGCUCUCCAGCAGCUGGGCAAAGAGAUGAUGGGGAAGGGCAUCACCGUGCCCUCUCCGCAGCCGCCCUGCCUGCAGAAAGUACCCUCGAUGCCAGCCCAUGACGCCCAUGAUGCAGUGCUCUCUAGCGAUCAUGACCUGGACCCUCUGUGGAACAGGCAAAAUGCCGGGUCUGUGAACCCUCGACCGCGUCUCUGGAAGAGCCUCAGCUACAGCGAAUCUGACCUACUACGCCUGGGGGCGGGGCAGGGCCUGGCCCUUGGGAAGGGCGAGCCCUUUGCCAACGCACUGGGCAACCAGUACCUGUCUCAGGAGAACCUGCCAGAGGCCCACCAAGCCUCCAGGUCACCUGUCCCUCCCUCGCCCUCCGACUUGGCCAGCCCCAUCUGGGAGCAGAAGAAAUCGGGGUCACCUCUGCUCAGCAGGAGAAGGCCCCUGAGGCAUGGCCAGCGCAGCCUAUCUCUGGGCUCCUCAGAGACCAGGAACACCGGCGAAAGUGAGCCCACCCUGCCCUCUAUCAUUCUGCCGGCAGAGCUCCCCCUGGAUGCCCGAAGGCUGCUGGUGGCUCAAGCUCUAACAGUGGAUUUGGACAAGUAUGGGGAGGAGUACAAACACAAGGUCGCAAACUGGCAGACAGAGCUGAACUCCAGAGAAGGAACCUGGGAGAGACUAUGCACGGAGAAAGACCCCCGUGUGCUGGCUGGGCUGAUGUGGUCCUGGCUGGAGCAGCUGAGAGAACCUGUUAUCACCAAGGAGGACAUCCAGGCCCUGGAUAGCAGUCGACAAACCCAGCAGCCAGCCCUUAACUCAAUAGACAAGAGCUCCAGGCAGACACUGGUGUGUACCCUUCAUUGUAUGGCACAUUUACUGACAAUACCUGAGGAGGUGGAGGAUGCUUUUCUUCACCGGACAAUAAAAGCAUUCACCAAGAUCAUAUCAGAGUCCGAAGAUGAGUUGGACGUGUAUAGGACACUGAAAGAGAUCCUGAAACCGGUCUUACAUGAAAUGAGAAGGAAAGCAAUAGAGGAACCAGACACACCAUGUUACUGCAUACAGCUUCCAUAACGCCCACCCCCCCACACUGGAUCAGUCAACUGGAGGGUCAAAGGAGGAUAAAGCAAAAUAGUUGCAAUAUCCACUUUAUAUUUCAUACAGAACAUUGUUUCAAUACAGAAUUUGGGAAUAGAUCAAGACCAAUUUAUUUUCCUCUGCUGCUACUUGUAUUUCCUUUUUUAUAUUGUUGCUGUUUUAAAGAAUAUAUCUUAAGACGUGAUGUGAUCUCUGCAUCAAGCUGUUAUUGUUUAAAACUACUUGUAUUUUUUUUUUAACUGCCAUAUGUUUUUGUGCCAUGACGCAAAUUUAAUUGAUUUGUCCUUAAAUGUUUCUACGGUGUCUUUUGGAAAGUCAUCUUGAUGUGUUUUCAAUACUAAUUAGGUGUAUUAUUAAUGUACUGUAUAUGUUCAGUUUCUAUUUAAUAUAUUUUACUGUUCGUAAGUCAUUGACAGUCACGUGUAAAAGAAAGGAUCCUCAUUUGAUGAGCAACAUCAUGGACAAGCAGGGCUAUCACAGUGAACACAGGAAGUACCUCUUUCUCUAUACUAUUAUUUAAACCAAAAAUAUUUUCACUGUGCAAAACUGCCCUGUCAAAUAUUUUAAAUAUUUUAUUUAUUGAAUUGUUUUUGAAUGAAAUUUUAACUUAAGUGACUACUUUAGAAAAAGCAUCUGAGAAAGCAAAUAAAUGCAAAUUUUGCCUUUAGGGUUUGACAUGAUCUGUUUAUAAGAUCUGUACUAGUUAGAUUGAAAUGCAAGACUCCUGUAAAACUUGUAAAAUAACUUGUUGACUGAUUAACAGCAUUAUCUAAAAAUGUUAUCUUAAAGCAGCAUUACAUUUUGUCGUACCACAUCGGUUAUAACAAAUUAGACAAAAAGUAAUUUUGCUUUUUUGAAAUUUUUGUACUGAUGUUUUUUUUUAGGUGUGACUAUGGUUUAGAACUUUGCCCUUAGACUGAACUUAUCAAUAGAUAAAUAUAUGAUUGUAUCUUCUUGAUGUUUAUGUAUAUUGGAAAGUAUGGGUUGGCUAUAAAGAAAGCACUAUGGAUCAUUGACCACUGUAGCCUUUGAGAACCCUGGGUUCUGUUGCUGACCUCAAUCUUGAUGAUGAGAAGGAAAACCGUUGCAGUGUGCAUCUGGUGAAGGUCCAGACAAAGCACACAGCAACCCUAAAAGAAUUAACAGAAGUGAACUGUUCACACUUAUCAUGCGAAGGCUUUUUUAUAUGCCCUUGUCUGCCUGAAUUUCAGAUGUCGUGAUGACAUUUUAUGUUACAUAUUUCUUUUCAGAUGCACACAUUCAAAGAUUAUAUUUUUCAUCAUUGCAUUCCUUGGUGAUACAUUAAAUGUUGUUGAUGUGGAAAUCAAA